AUGUCUCUCAGCACUUUUUCCAUUAUUCUAAAACAAAACCAACUUGUCGGGGAUAAUUAUGUGGAUUGGAAAUGUAAUUUGAUGUUUGUGAUUGUUGUUGAAAAAUUUGAUUUUGUGCUUGAAGAAGAAUGUCCCAAGGAACCUAUUGAUACUACAGGAAAGUCCAAGAGAGCUGCGUAUGAUAAGUGGAUCGCCGCUGACAAUAUGCAAAAGCUUGAAAGUCAGGAGACCUCUUAUGAUAUACUAGAAAGCUCGAAGGGCAUGUUUGGACAUCAAAGUAGGAGGGCUCGCUUUGAGGCCAUUCGUACCUUACUAGAACAUUCGCAUGAAACCUGGAACGCCUGUGAAGGAUCGUUGACUAUGAUUGCACACUUUAAUGUGGCGGAGAAUCUGGGUGCAACUAUUGAUCAGGAAACUCAAGUUGAUAUGGUAUUGAAUUCUUUAUCUGAUAUGUUUUCACAAUUUACUGUGGACUAUCACUUGCACAAGAUGAAUACGCCAUUAACUAAGUUGAUGAAUGAGUUGCAAAAUGUGGAAAGUGGUCUCAAGGGUAAGGGUGGCCAUGCUCAUGCGGCAAUUGCUAGCUCCUCUAGCUGCAAGCCAAAAGCUAAAAAGCUGGGUGUUGGUGAGUUUUUUAUUGCUGAGUCAUGUUUGGUGGUUGAUUCUACAAAUUCUUGGGUUGUAGACUCUGGAGCCACUAAUCAUCUAUGCAUGCUACUUCGGGAGAGUAGAAGACUCGAUGAGGGCCAGUUUAAAAUUACUAUCGGCACAAGAGCUAUAGUUUCAGCAAGAGUAGUAGGAGUAGUUUAUUUUUAUUUCAAUAGUGGACAAGGUUAUUCUAUAAACUUUGCGCAUGAUGCGCUUUAUAUUCUAAAGAAUAAAGCUCCUAUUGUGUUGGAUUUUUGGAUACAAAGAUUUGCUAGAGAUGGUCCACUUAACACACUUAAGGUCGAACUAUUCCCAGUUUGUGAUUUUUAUUUGAAGGGUAAAAUGACCAAGAGAUCCUUUCUAGCAAAAGGACAUAGAGUCAAAGAAGUAUUAGAACUAAUUCAUUCUGAUGUAUGUGAAUCCAUAAAUACACCUGCGAGGGGGGAUUAUGAGUAUUUUAUCACUUUUAUCAAUGAUUACUCUAGAUUCAGAUACAUCUGCCUAAUGACUCGAAAGUCAGAUAUUUUUGAAAAAUUCAAAGAGUAUCGAGUUGAGGUCGAGAAACAUUUGGGGAAGAAUAUUAAGACAUUUCUAUCAGAUCAAGGUGGCGAAUAUCUCUCGGGAGAAUUCAGGGACUAG